UCUAAAAUGUCUGAACGUAAAGGCAUGUCACUUUGAAAACAAACAAGAUAGGCGAACAAAGAUGGUUUCAAACUUAAAUGGGGAUUAGUUCAGUUAGAUGAUAAUUUCAGUGGAGAAAAUGAGUCGUAAAGUCAUUUCUCCAACGAUGCGAUCGAGUUCGAAUUCAUCGCCACAACACACUUUUGAGGUGAUGCAGCGUCGGUUACAAAUGGCUGAAGAAGAGACGAAAAAGUUAGUGGAUCAACUGGCCGAUUACGGUUUUAGCAGAGAUCGCCCCGAGAAUGAUGAAAAUGGUAAAAGUGGGAGAAUUAAUCCCGUUCAACCAUUCAAAGCCACGGGAUCGAUCUCCCCAGAAACAGAAAUUCUUCAACGAAAUUAUGAACAAAUGGUUUCAAGAGUUUGUCGCGCUGAAAGUACAAUUCAAUCAUUAAAACUUGCAAUGUGUAGUCUUGAGGCUGAAAAGAAUCUUGCCAUGAUAGAUAAGGAGCCAGAUAUGGCGCCUCUUCCUAAAGAUACGUACGAGAAUGAGAUUAAAAAACUUCGAAAGGACUUGCAUCGGUACAAAAAAGAAUUGGAGACUUGUGAGAAAGAGAAAAAGGAAAGCCAGACUGUGGUGAAGCGACUUGCUUCGGAGCUGGACACAUCUACUCAAAUUAACGAACAGAAUAGAUUGAAAAUGGAAGAACUCAAGCUAAAUAAACAAAAAUCAAUCAAGAAAAUUAACGAGCUUACAGACGAAUUAAACAGAGAAAAAGAUCUUCGAUCAAGUCUUGAAGAAUCGCAUCUCUCUCUUCUUCAAAGAGUAUCAGACAUGGAAAAGAUUGUAGAGUCUGGACGUGGGGAUGUUCAGACAUUAGCGCAGGACUGCCAAACACUGAGGAGGGAGGCUGUGUCAGCCAGGGAAGAGUUGGAGAAGGUACAGCAAGCUAAGGGGCAACUGGAAGUCCUUGUCACUCAACUUCAGGAAGAUACAGUAAACUCUGAUUCUCAAUUAGCUACUCUGACAGUGGAGAGAAAGACUUUAAAUGCAGAUGUAACAAAAUUCAGGAAUGAGAACAAGGAACUGAGACAACAAUUUGAAGUUCUUCGCAAGAGUUAUGAAGAUCUUAAGGGAGCUCAUGAAAAAAUUCUUAUGGAACAUCACAGAACCAGUGAUACACUGAAGACAAUGACUGCAGACAACAAAGUGCUUGUCUCACAACAUCAGGGUGCUUUGCAACGAGAACGAGACCAGUGGAAUAAUCGAAUGGCUGAACAGGAGAGAGAAUUGGAGAGAUACAGACAUGAAAUAGCACAAGAAGUGGCCAGAGAAAAAGAAAAACAACAUCACAUGGAAAAUGAAAGAUAUACUCUUAAAGAAGAGAUCAAUAAGCUCCACAGGCAGUUGUUGGAUGAGAGAGGGAAGACUGACCGACUGAAACAGGAAUUUGACAGAGAGGUGUUUACUCUACAAGCCAAGAUAGAGGAACUGACCAGGGAAAGAGAGAAUUUGACCAAAGAAAAUGAUGUCGUAAGAAAUGAGGUGAACCAAGCUGUUAGCGACUUUUCAAAUGAAAGGGACAAAGUUGUUGGAAAACUGAAAGAUGCUGAGGGAGAGAUCCAUGGUCUGGAAGAAUCAAAGAAGUUGCUUGAAGAGGAAAAUCAGAAACUACUGGAAAGAAUUUGUGCUCUUGAAGAAAAACAGGUCAGCCAAGGCCAAAUUGAGGAAGCUAUGAAAGGCAUGAUGGAGUCGAAGAACAGACUAGCUUUUGAGAAGGGAAGCUUACAGUCUCGGGUCGAACAUCUUCAGCAAGAAUUAAAGUCGUUUGGAUCUAUAAAGGCCGAAGCUGAACAGCUCAGAAAGAUCAACACUAACUUACAAAACCAACAGAGCAAGAAUUUAGUUGAAAUGCAGUCCUAUAAAAGCACAAUAAAGAAACUGGAAUCGCAGAUAAGAGAGGGUCAAUCAGCACAUAGCAGGAAGGAUUCUGAUCUACGGUCAGUGAUCCAGUCCAGAGAGAACGCUUUAAGAGAAGUGGAAAAACUUGUACAACACGCAGAGAGUUUGGAGAGAAAGUACAAUGACAAGGUCGACUCAUUGCAACGGUCGCUGAACGAUGCGCGGGAAAACAGCGGGCGGCUGUCCAGCACGAUUGAAAGUUUGAUGAAGUCGCACGCAGAGCUACAGGAAGCUAUGGAACGGCUUCAAACUGAAAUGGGACAGAAAGACAGCGAGGUUAAUAUACUUCGGAGGGAUAAGAUUUCCUCUCAGGAGCUCAUCAAACAACUACAGUACGAGAAUGAUGCCUUGCAAAGUAAAAUCAUCUCCAUUGAACAAACAGAGCUACAAGAGUUACGUGAAGCGCUCUCCGAUGCGCAAGUUGAUCGCGAAGGAAUGUCAGUCCAACUGGAAAGACUAUUGUCGGCGAACAAAGAACUGCAGGACAACAUAGAGGUGCUACAGACAGAGUUAGGAAGAAAGCAAGUGGAGUUUGAAAAAUUGCUGGAAGGAAGAAAUCAUCAAAUUCGAGAGUCCCGCGAGCAGAAGGCUGCAGAGGUCGAGGAAAGAGUGGAAGAAAUACUUCGAAGAGGACAAAAGGACUUACAGGAAACGCGGGUGAAACACAAGAAAGAAAUGUCCAAGCUAAAGAAAGAUCUGGAAGACGCAAACAGUUACAAGAGCAAGUUGAAAGAAUCAAACAAAAAUCUGGAAGACAAAGUCAAGGAGCUGGAAGAGCAACUUUCCAAGAACAAAUCCAAAGUAAAAUCACAGAAAGUGCAGCUGGAACAGCUACGAAAAUCUCACAAAGCUAAAGAUAUGGAAGAGGAGAGUGCAAAGAGUAAAACUGAGCUAUUCAAGAAAGAAUUGAACAAUUUGGAGCGUGUCAAGAAUGAAUACAUGCGUAAGAACAGUGAACAGGCCAAAACAAUCGGAGAGUUUGUCUCAAAGUUUGCUGAUCUACAGACAGAGCUAGAUACAUUGAUCCAAGCACAAAGAGAAAAGGAUGAAGAACUUGAGCAAGAAAAGAGCCGAAGAAAAGAGCUGGAACAACGCUAUAAGAAACUUCAAGCACGAGAAAAGGAUUUGGAAACAUCCAGAAAAGAUACAGAAAGGAAACUUGCAGAGGCCAAUUUUGAAACAAAACAGGUUUCUGAGAAUUUGCGCGAAGCUCAAGAAUGGUUCAAAUCAAAAUUUGGAAGCCUACAGGCUGAGUUAGUACGAUCAAGAAAAGUACAGGAGGCGCUCGAAAAAGAAAACAAAGAAAACUUUAAGAAAAGGGAUGAGGAAAAAAGAAAAGUUGACGAAGCCACGGAGAAAGCCAAGGAACUUAUGAGAGCGAGCCGAAUGACCAUCAGCAAACUGGCCAGUGACGUGGCUGAAAAUCACUGGGAAACAAAAGGAAUGAAACAUGCUUUACAGGCCGAGAGGGACUAUAACCUAAUGACGACACAAAAGUUGGAAAGACUUAAGGAAUCUACUUCACGGCAGAUGGAAGGCUUAGCGAUGGAGCUGGACACCUUGCGUCGGUCAACACGAAGAUGACAGCGGUAUGCCAUCUUUGUUGUCAGACAUGAAUAACGUAGCGUGAUCUUACGUGAUCAACUGGAAGGCGUUAUCACGCGUUACUUAAGCGGAAAUAGUUCGUUGCCAAAAAAUACUCAUAUAUUUAUUCAGCUAAACUGUCUAAAAAGUAAAACACAAGUUUGUACAGUUUUUGUCUACAGUUUCAACGGAACAACAGUGUGUACUUAUCAACUUGUAUCUCAGAACUGGUAAUGUGUAAAUAUAUUUAUUUUGAUAAACAGCGCAAGGUCUUAUUCGUAUAUCGAAGAGACUUCUUAACAAGGUUUAAAACGUCGUAACCAGUCGUAAGAAAUAAAGCCUUUGCGGUUUUUAGGUAACUGAACUCGAGAUAUGUAGGUAAGAAGUGGUUUCCGAAAUAUUUAUUCUCCUAUCUGAUUUUGAAGUAAAGCUAAAUUAUUUCCCAUGA